UUUUUUUUUUUUUAUUUCUCUUUCCUUAUCCUUUUUUUUUCUUUACUACUAUUAAUGUUAAUACGACUUUUGCAACAAUGUAACGACUAGUAGUAACGACAAAAUAAUCUCUUGACAUGACAUAACGUAAGGAACUAUUGAAAUAUCCUUUUUUUUUUAUUUUAUAAAGUGAAAUAAUACUAUUAACCUUUUUUUUUUAUUUUAUUUAUAUUAUAGCAACUAGUUUAUGUGUUAAAAGUGGUGUUUAGCUCUUUUUGUUUUAUUCAUGUUGGCAAUGGUAAAGGGAUCUCGUGGUGACCUUAAGAGGCUAUUUUAUGUGUUAAACUUGGUGGUUACCUCCUUUUGUUUUAUUCAUGUUGCUGAUGGCAAAGAGAUCUAUGAUGACCUUAAGUGGUGUUUACCUCCUUUUGUUUUAUUCAUGUUGACGAUGGCAAAGAGAUCUUAUGCUGACCUUAAGAGACUAGUUUAUGUGUUAAACUUGGUGGUUACCUCUUUUUGUUUUAUUCAUGUUGGUGAUGUCAACGGGAUCUAUGAUGACCUUAAGCAACUAUUUUAUGUGUUAAAAGUGGUGUUUAUCUCUCUUUGUUUUAUUCAUGUUGGUCAUGUCAAAGAGAUCUCGUGGUGA